CACGCCUUGAACUGCCACCGAAUGAAGCCGGCGCUUUUCAGCGUCCUGUGUGAAAUCAAGGAGAAAACAGUGUUAAGUAUUCGCGGUAUUCAGGAAGAAGAUCCCCCAGAUGCUCAGCUAAUGAGACUAGAUAACAUGUUGCUGGCAGAGGGUGUCUCCGGGCCCGAGAAAAGAGGAAGAGGAGGACCGAUGGCUGUAGCAGCAACAUCAGGUGGCUGUCCAAAUGACAAUAGCAUUGAACACUCUGACUACAGGGCCAAGCUGUCACAGAUCCGACAGAUUUACCACUCUGAGCUAGAGAAAUAUGAACAGGCCUGCAGCGAGUUCACCACGCACGUUAUGAACCUGCUCAGGGAGCAGAGCAGAACCAGGCCGAUUUCGCCCAAAGAAAUCGAGCGCAUGGUGAACAUCAUCCACGGCAAGUUCAGCACCAUCCAGAUGCAGCUGAAGCAGAGCACGUGCGAGGCAGUGAUGAUCCUGCGCUCUCGCUUCCUCGAUGCGAGGCGCAAACGACGUAACUUCAGCAAACAGGCGACGGAAGUGCUGAACGAGUAUUUUUAUUCGCAUCUGAGCAAUCCUUACCCCAGCGAAGAGGCCAAAGAAGAGCUCGCGAAGAAAGGGGGCAUCACAGUUUCACAGGUUUCCAACUGGUUUGGUAACAAAAGAAUUCGGUACAAGAAAAACAUGGGGAAGUUCCAAGAAGAAGCCAAUAUCUACGCCGCAAAAACCGCAGUGGAUGCGACUAACGUCGUGGCUCAAGGCAACCAGGCGAAUUCUCCGUCGACACCAAAUUCAGCUUCCUCGGGCUCUUUUAAGAUGACAAAUUCCGGAGAUUCGUUUAUAAACUUGCAGUCAUUGACCUCCUACCAGAGCUCCCCGGUGGGAGCCAAUGUGCAGUCGCAGAUGGAUUCCUUGCACCACGUCAUCCACCAGGCGGGGAGGUACUCCUUGGGUUUGUCUGUUCUCCAGGCGAACGGCAGCUGGCAGGACGCGACCACCCCGUCAUCCAUCACCUCGCCGGCUGGAGACCCCGGCAGCGUCAAUUCGGACGCGUCUAAUUGA